ACCCUCCAUCUCUCUCUCUGCAUCUAUCUUCCUCUUUGAUCUCUCUGCCUCUCUGUCUCUCUCUCUCUCUCUCGCGUACACAGUGUUGCACAUGAGUGUGGCUGCAAAAGCAGUACUACCCUCUACUGCUAGAAAAGAAAAAGCUGAGAGGAGAAAACCCACACCAAGAACAUCGAGAACAUUAAAUAAAAACUAUCACAAAAGCGCUUUUAUACUUGGCAGAGCCACCCCCUAUACCUUACCUCUAGACACAGAGAAGAGAGAGAGAGUGAGAGGAUUGAUUGUACUUUGGUGCGAGAAAAAACAGUGAUUAAGGGAGCUCGAGCAGAGCUCUCUCACCGCUCGACUCGAGCUUUACAAAAAAAUUGUUGUGUUAUUGAUUUUCGCCAUCUUGUUAUUUUAGUUAAAAGAAGAAGAAGAACCAUAGCUUGUUUUUUUGUUGUUGUAGGACUGGGCGUGUCUCAGCCGUACGGAUUCCGAUUCUAUUGUGUUUAAUGACUGAGUCAUUCGACUAAAUUUUUUUGAUGUAAUGAUACACGGUUUAAGAACAUGGAGAAGUUUCCAGAAUCAAAGGCACUUGCUGGAAAAGUGCGGAUUGCCAGUGAAGUCUCAAAGGAACGUAUGACUUCAGUAGGAGAAUUUGGACAGCUCUCAAAUGCAUGCCGGCUACUUCAGCUAUCAAAUGCACGCGAGGUAGGUCAGCUUUCAAAUGUGCGAGAGGUAUCAAACGCACGUAUUGCCCCAGUGAGAGAAUUGGGUCAGUUAUCCAAUGCACGUAUGGCUUCUGUAAAAGAAGUGGGUCAGAUUCCAAAUGUGCGCAUGGUGUUGGUAAGAGACGAUGUGGGCAGAUCUGAUGCGAGGGACUCUCAAGAUUCAGAUUCACCUGCACCUGUAAGAACAUGGAAAGGAAAAGCGUCUUUGCCUGAACAUGAAGAACUUGUGCCUUACGCCCUUACAUUUUUUAAGGGCAGUGAGAAGUCUUAUGAGGAAGGUGGUCCUAGUUCAUUUUCUGGUGCUAGUCAUCCCCCUGAACCUGUUGAUAUAGAUUUAAUGAGAACAGUUUACGUACCAAUAGGUCAAAACAAAUCUGAGGCUGGAUGCUUAAUGAAGAGCUUGUCUAUGAAGGGUCCUUUUCUAGAAGAUCUUUCGAUCAGGGUUCCACCUAAGAAACCCGGCCCAGUUGUUCUUUCACCUACUGAGAGUUUGGUCGAGGAACCAAAUGACGUGGGUGCAUUGUCUUCACCUUUCUCAGUUCCCCGUGCAUCACAAAAUACAGAAAAUUCUCUUCUUCCCGCUGAUUCUGAGGAGAAGGAAUGUGUAUGGGAUGCUUCUUUGCCUCCAAGCGGCAAUGUAAGCCCACAUAGUAGCAUUGAUAGUAUUGGUGUUGUGACAGCUAUGAGUGUUGUCAAUAGCUGUGCCAGUACAUAUAGGAGUGAUGCAAUCAUGAGUGAUGGAAUGCUUAGUUUGGAGAGGAACUGUGAGAGUACAAAAGGGAGCAUUAGAGGGGAUUCACUUGAAAGUGAAAAAACUAGUGUUAGUCGGGCAAGCGAUAGUAGUGGGCUUAGUGAUGAUAGCAAUUGGAGCAACAUUACUGGGAGUGCUAAUAAGCCUCACAAAGGAAAUGACCCAAGGUGGAAGGCUAUCCUUGCCAUCCGAUCAAGGGACGGAAUUUUGGGCAUGAGUCAUUUUAGAUUGCUUAAGCGGCUUGGUUGUGGUGAUAUUGGCAGCGUGUAUCUCUCAGAGCUGAGUGGAACUCGUUGUUAUUUUGCAAUGAAAGUAAUGGACAAGGCAUCCCUUGCGAGCAGGAAGAAACUGACUAGGGCUCAGACAGAAAGGGAGAUUUUACAGUUGCUGGACCAUCCAUUCCUUCCAACUUUAUAUACACAUUUUGAGACGGACAGGUUCUCUUGUUUAGUCAUGGAAUAUUGCCCAGGGGGUGAUCUGCACACUUUGAGGCAGCGGCAACCUGGGAAACAUUUCUCGGAGUAUGCUGCACGAUUUUAUGCUGCUGAGGUUCUCUUGGCCCUUGAGUAUCUUCACAUGCUUGGAGUUGUCUACAGGGACUUAAAACCUGAAAAUGUGCUGGUUCGUGAUGAUGGCCAUAUAAUGCUUUCAGACUUCGACCUUUCCCUAAGAUGUACUGUUUCACCGACCCUGAUAAAAACCUCUUUUGAUUAUGACCCUUCAAAACGGUCAGCUGGUGGUGCAUUUUGCGUUCAACCUGCUUGUAUCGAGCCUUCUUCAGUAUGCAUCCAGCCUGCUUGUUUUAUUCCACGGCUCUUCCCUCAAAAAAGCAAGAAAAACCGAAGACCACGAGGUGAGCCUGGGUUGCUAUCCAGGACGCUUCCAGAGCUUGUUGCAGAGCCUACUGCAGCACGAUCUAUGUCUUUUGUUGGAACCCAUGAAUACCUAGCCCCAGAAAUUAUAAAGGGAGAAGGCCAUGGCAGUGCAGUUGAUUGGUGGACAUUUGGCAUUUUCUUGCACGAAUUAUUGUAUGGCAAAACCCCAUUCAAAGGCUCUGGAAACCGUGCCACACUGUUUAAUGUGGUGGGGCAGCAGCUCAAAUUCCCAGACUCACCAGCAACCAGCUAUGCGAGUCGGGAUCUCAUCCGGGGCUUGUUGGUUAAGGAGCCGCAGCAUAGGCUUGGGGUGAAGAGGGGUGCCACUGAGAUCAAGCAGCACCCCUUCUUUGAAGGUGUUAAUUGGGCUCUAAUACGAUGCAGCACACCACCAGAAGUGCCAAGACCAAUGGAAACCGAACUUCCCGGGAAGUUUGGAGCAGUUGACACAGUUGGGGUUGUUGGUAGUAGCAGUAAAAGGAUGGUAGGAACAGACGUGAAGUCUGGGGGUAAGUAUCUGGACUUCGAGUUCUUUUAGUUUUGGAAUACAGGAUUGACAUGCUUUGUUGUAUUGGUAUCAUCGGUUAAUCCAAAAUGAAGUUUCAUGAA